CACGCGCGCCUCGCGUGUGCGACGUGGCCUUCCCCCGCCGCGCGGCUGCCUGUAACGGUCAGCGGGGACCAACGGAAGCCAUGGAUCAAGUGAUGCAGUUUGUGGAGCCCAGCCGCCAGUUUGUGAAGGACUCCAUACGGCUGGUGAAGAGGUGCACCAAGCCCGACAGGAAAGAGUUCCAGAAGAUUGCGAUGGCAACAGCAAUAGGCUUUGCGAUAAUGGGAUUUAUUGGCUUCUUUGUCAAAUUGAUCCAUAUCCCAAUUAACAACAUUAUUGUUGGCGGCUGAACAAUCAUCAGGAAUUCUGGGAUGCUUGCUCCAAAAACU